AUGAGACAAGCCGCUGCGAGGCUGGUCGGCCACACGUCCUAUGUGCGCGGUUUGCUGUGGCACACCGAACUGCCGCACAUCCUGCAGGGGUACCCGGCGGGCGCCCAGCACGGUGUUGCAGGUGUUCAGUGGGUCGUGGGACUCGACGAUUCGCGUUUGGGACGCCGUGGAGAGCAGGUCGAUCCAAUGGGACACGAUGGGAUGAUGUGGUGUUUGUAUACUGCCUAUGAACACCAUGCAGACGUCUACGGCCUUGCCAUGCAUCCGGAGCGACCCUUCUUUCUGGUCAGCAGUUCGAGAGACACCACCAUCCGCUUUUGGAUCUUCGAGGAUCUCGUGCGACCGAUGCUGGUGUCAGUCCUCCUGCGACCUGAUCAGAUGCUUGAGAUGUUGGGCGGAUCGAUCGAAGAGGCCAUGGCGCUCUUUAGCACCGAAGGGGCCAAGUCGAUCAAGAAACUCUAUGGCAAGGCCAGCCACACCUUGGCGACGGAAUUGACGCUGCCUGCAGCACAGACGCGACCCGUGCCGAUACAGGUGUACCAAAAGAUCCUCACAUUCUUCUUGUAUCGGCAGGGUCUCGAGGACUUCUGGGGCCUGAUUGCCAACAUCCGCGGAGAGAUGCUUCCAGGUGGAAUGAACACACACCGCGGUUUCUUUCACGAGCGGGAGCUCAUCGCGUGUCAAAAGUCCAAAGCUUUGGAGUUGGCUUCGGGGAGGUCCAAGAUUGGCAUUGGCAGCAAGCAAGAAGAGAGGCUACAAAGGGCAGCCCAGAUCAUGCUGCGGGUGGGUGACCUCCGAUCCUACUGCCGUUUCAUGGCACAGGCAGGUCAUUGGGAACGUGCCAUAUGCAUCGCGCCCGCUGUGAGUCUCAAGUUCUGGCAGGAACUCUCUUCAGAAUAUGUGGAGACUCUGAGCGCAGAAGCUGACAUCCAAGAGGCGGCUCCCUUCCUGCUGAGCACUGGCCGCAGUUCUGCGCUCGUCGAUGCCUUCAUUGGACGGGGUGAUCUUGAUCAUGCCUUCGUGGUGGCGAAAGCCGAAUGUGAUCAGCUGCUACCGACUCAGCUGUCCGGAAGCAGUCAGCCUCCAGCACCAAAGCCGCCGCCCAGCGACGAUGCCAGGGCCAAGUUGGAGGAUUUGGGUGGCUUUUCACCCAUCAACGGCAUCUUUGGGCGCCGAAAAAGCGCCGCGCGACGGAGUGCGAUCCGAAUCCCCGCGGCGGCUGCAGAAGUGGAGCCGGACGAGCAGCAAGAGCAGCGUGAAGCGGCAAAGAGAAAGCGCAAGCGCAGCAGCGCCGCAGCACCGGCACCGACCCAAGCACCGGCCCCGCGACGCAGCGCCACCAGUGGCGCGGCGCGGCGGCGUCAAGCCAAAGAAGCGGCGGCCACAACCAAUGGCGUGGAGGUGGCAACAGCGGCAACGGCGGCAACGGUGUCCACGUCCCCUGCCAUCCCAGCUGUGCUCGCCGUGGCAGUCUUUGGAGACACCACGCUGGAGCCAUGGACCACCUUUGAACUGCUGAAGGGAGGAGGGAAGUUCCCACAGAUCCUGACUUCCUACAUGGCCAAGUUCAAGGCCUUCAAGGAACCCACGGCUAUCCAAGCCCAUUGCUGGCCGUACGCCUGCGCUGGGCGACAUGUCAUUGGCAUCUCCAAGACCGGCAGUGGGAAGACGUUGGCAUUUCUGCUGCCAGCUUUGCGCAAGGUUUUGAGCUUCAAGCAUGCCGCAACGCCCUCCUUUGGUCCCUACGCACUGGUCUUGACGCCCACAAGGGAAUUAGCCAUUCAGAUCGCUCGCGAUGCGACCGGCCUUUGCAAGGCCACAAGGAUCCGAAUGGCUUGUCUCUAUGGUGGAACUUCCAAGGCUCAACAGAUCAAAUCUCUGGAUUUUGGAGUGGAUCUUCUGAUCUGCACGCCUGGGCGCUUACAUGAUCUGGUGAACAAGCCUGACAAGUACACGGGACAGUCCAUCCUAUCGCUGUCCAUGGUGCACUUUCUGGUGUUGGACGAGGCCGACUGCCUGUUGGAUUUGGGCUUUGAGCACCAGGUCCGCCACAUUUUUCAGCAGCUGGCGGAUCAUCCACAGAUCCUUUGCUUCAGUGCUACAUGGCCGAAGAAGGUGCAAACGCUGACAGAGGAUAUGAUGCCAAAAGCUGUGCACAUCCGAGUAGGUGCUGAAUCACAUGAAGGCAUCACUGGAAACCAAGACGUGCGACAACAUGUGAGGCUCUUGCGAAGGGAGGAAGAUCGCUUCAAGGAGUUGUGCAAGAUUUUGAGGAGCCAUCAAGCCGAGGCUUCUAUCAUUUUUUGCGGCCUCAAGAAGACAGCGGCAGCACUGAGCCGAUGGCUUCGAGAGGAGGGUUUUUCUUGCGGCGCCUUGCACGGCAACUUGACCCAACCAGAGAGGCAGGAGGUGAUGGAGCGUUUUCGUCAGGAAGAAGUGAACGUGCUGGUGGCCACUGAUGUCGCUGCACGUGGACUGGAUUUGAAACGUGUUUCCGUGGUCGUGAGCUACGAGCCUGCCGUGUCCUUGGAUGCUCACGUGCAUCGCAUUGGUCGCACCGGGCGGGCAGGGAAGAAGGGCGAGGCCUACAGCCUGCUGCAGUCCGAGGAUGUGACGACCGCACGGCUGCUGGUGCAGUCCUUCCAAAGUGCUGGACAGGCCAUACCUGAAGCUGUGCUGAGUUUAUCUCAGGCUGAGCCACCAGCUGAACCAAACAGCGGCCGCGUCACAAAGGUCGUGUCGCGACGGCGAGAAAAUGGGAUGCCAGUCAUGGGCGAAUGCCGCGAUGUGUCACCUGGCUGUGUCCAAGUCUACUCGGUGGUCUUAGCCUACGUCCUGGCUGAUCUGCUUGAACUGCCGAAGGACCCGUUGCUCUUGAAAUUCCUCGCCAUGAGCGCAGAGCACGACGAGCUCUACGACGUGGCGGCGGAAUAUCUGUUGCAGCACCCGCAGGAGUCUUUGCGCAACUACGUCUCAAUCUCGCGACCGGAACAACAGGAUCGCGCUGCGCAGUGCCAGGCGGAGGGCCGCACGGCCGAGGCCAUCUUGGCGUACGCCUGCGCGCGGCAGGGCGAACAGGCCGUAAGGUUAGCCACUGAUGCCCUGAUGCAACUCUUUCAAAGCCCGGAGGGAUGGACACUCGCUGAGGCGGGUGUUUUUUGGGCCAGCGCCAUGGAUGCGGCCAUUGACGGCGCGCUGGGGGCCUUCCGGAGCAAGCUGCUGCAGUGGUCCCUUGAGCUUGAAGUCUCCUUUCUGGAACAUCGCAUUAAGCAGGAGUUGCACAGUGACCCGCCAUCAGUGACCUGGGCCGACCACGACCCGUCAUUGAGUGAUGAAGCCAACAGCAGCGUGGUGAACGUGGACACCGUUGAAGAAGUGGAUCCUCGCGGCACGGCUGCGUCACAAACGAGUCAACCCGGAGCUGAUCUUCACAAGGUUAUGAGAGCGCGUCUCGCCGCUCAGCUGAUUCGUACCAUACCCUAUGGAUCCAGCCAUAGAACGCUGGAAUUUCGAGCAGAAAGUGUCAGCAGCUGCUUUACGACCUUGGCGCAUUCGCCGUAUUUCGAUCUCCUGUGGGCCCUGAUCAUCGCCUCGAAUGCGGCCUUUCUGGGUAUCCAACUGAACUUCCGGGAGACCAAUUUCUUUGUGGUUCAUUUCAUCUAUGCGUGCCUGUUUGCACUCGAGUUGCUCUUGCGCGUCGUCUCCGAUGGUCCGCGGCGCUAUUUUUUGGGCCGCGGCUGGGCCUGGAAUUGGUUGGACGUGCUGGUGGUUUCUGCUGCGUGGAUCGAUAUCAUUCUGGAAGUCUUGGGAUCAAGCGACAAAACGGACGUGAAUUCGAGUGUCCGGGUGUUGAGACUCUUCCGAGUGUCUCGCUUGCUGCGGAUCGUCAAAACCAUUUGGAUCGUGAGAUUUGUGGGCGCCUUGAGGACAUUGGUGUCCUCCCUGGUUGACACCUUGAAGCCACUCUUCUGGGCCAUGGUGCUUCUUUUUAUCAUCAUUUAUAUUGCAGGAGUUCUAUUUACAGAUGUGGUCCUGGAGCACAAAGAAAACCAUGAGCAAGAUGCCAAUGCUACUCGCUUCUUUGGCUCCUUGUCGGUUUCCAUCGAGACCCUGUUUCGCUCCAUCUCUGGAGGCUACGACUGGGCCGGAGCGGCAGAUGCCUUGAGACCCUUGGGUGAG